CAGUUGGUGAGCUGAUUCUGGGUGCCGCACCACAUACAUAUCAAUAUGCGUAGGGAAUGCCAUUGGUGUCGGAUGAAAAUAGGAUUCACCGUCCAACGCCUCUACAACGUCUCCCUGCUGUCGGGCGCAGCUGGGGGUGUUUGAUGCAGAACGAGCUGACGAAUAAGACGAUGGCCUUUCAUGAGUCACGAGAUUUCAAAGCAGCGCACAGGCACAAGGCAAGAAAGAAGGCGGCCAGAAUGGAACCGUUCCGGAAGGGCUUCACCGCUGCUGUAAUCCCAGAGGACCCUGGUCAGUCCUUCACAUCGACUGCCCCUUUGGACCAUAUUCAUCAUCACCUCGACAGUGGAUUGGCUGCCGCCGUUGAAAUAAAUCGAAGCCAUUGGCUGGACCAAAGUGCAAGAAGAGGCACUCCUACUGCCAGACCGGACAACUGUGUGGGACCUGACAGCUGCGUCGGGCUAUGAGAGCACUCACCAGACCAGGGCAUCAUUGUAAGAUUCAACUACUCCUUCCCUUUCCCUCAGGUAGUGCACCUUUCUUCCUCCCUUCUUGUCAGAAGAUUCAGCCAUAAGAACCCACAAGAAUUGGAACUCAAACGUACCAUUAAAAACCCCUCAGUUUUCUGCUCUAUUCUCAUAUUCUCUCCCCUCUUCACUCUUUUCCAACCACAAACAAAUCAAUCACCACUUCAACUGUAUCAUAUCACUCUUCAGAGUAUACUACAGGCAUCCUUCAUCACCUCUCUGGCAGCAGCAUCACGGCAUAUCAAAUCAUACUUCUCAAAAUGCCGUCCUCCAAUUUCAGCAGCUCCUCUUCAUCCACCGCUGCCGGCGAGAAAUCUCGGAUUCCUCCCGACUACGAGUGGAAGUACCACAGCGGUCAUGAGUCCAGUCGCCUCUGUUCCUGCAAGACUUGCUCCUGUGGUGCUGCUGUCCCCUACGCCGGCGACCUCUGUGACGACUGCUCCAAGCCACACUAGGACAGAUGUGUUCUUUGGUUAAUUUUGGGAGGGCCGUCUUGGUGUCGGAUAGGUAGACUUUGUGGGAGGCCUGUUAUGUUUUGAGAUGGGUGUUGGUGUUCUUUCUGUGGACUCUGUGUCUGGAUUCAAGCAGCUGGUGCCUCUGAUAGGACCGGAGAAGGAGUUGCUUUAACAUGUUUUGCACCAUUCGUCCAAGCAAUGUACCUUUCCUCGGUUUCUUUCUCUCUGCUUUCCCCACGCCGGUACUUCAUUCCCGUCACGCCUCUCGGCCCUGGGACCACGAGGCCGGAUCCUAUUCUUAUAUCUCCACAACGAGCAGACGGUAACCCAUUAUCGCGACCGCUACUCCUAUACCAGUCCGGUCCUGUCCUCCCCGGAUUUCCAGAGACUUGACAUCGGCACCCAAACAACCUGUACUGGAUCUUUGCCAGCUCCUUCUCCUUUCGAGCCCCUUCUGCCCUGCGACACUUUGGGCGCUCAUCCUCCGCUCCUCUCCAGAACAGCACCUCCACCGCUCCUCUCCGGAACAUCACCUCCACCGCCUUGACAACCAUGUCCCAGUCAAGUCGUCAUGGAGUGCCACAACGAACUCGUUGCAGUCAACUUCCAAUGCCUGGUUUCGUCGGCAGAGGACUGGGUGCGUGUCGUGGGUACCCUCUGGCCUAGGAUCUCGUCAGUACUAUCCUUGGAACGAGGAUCUCAAACCAGCCAGAUUGUCCUCAUGAAAUCACUUUUCUGAAGAAAGGAGUAUUAUGGGUUGGCAACGAAGGUGUGGGUAAAAUUGAUGAUAUCGGUGAUGUAUAGAAGAGGGACAGAAAGGAAAAGGCUGUGGCCCAGGCUGCACCCUUGGAAUCAUUUUUCUGUAUCAAUACACAUUGUACCAUUCCAUAUUGAUCCAGUCCGUCUAGACAUGCCUAGUUUGUUGUGAGCGUUUACCAAUCCCCACCGGCCCCCGAAUAAUCAAUUCCAUUAUACGCCAAUGCAUAUGCACUUCCCUCUCCCUCGUCCUUGACCACGUGCGUGAGAGCAGCAUCCAUGAGCCUCUGCCUCACCUCCUCGUGCGUAUGAGCCCCAUAAACCAUCAUGAAAUACGCCGCCAACCUAGCAACAUGCGGAGCAGCCAUGCUCGUCCCGCUCAUCGCCGCACUGGCAUGAUUAUCUCCAAACCCAGCCGACAUGACGUCCACCCCGGGAGCAAAGAUAUCAACCCCCUUCCCAUAACUGGAAAACCCAGCUCUGGUACCAUUCUGGUCCGUGGCCACAACAGUAAUCGCAUCAGGACACAAAGCAG